AUGCCUGCGAUCGAACAAGAUGCGCCCGCGACCAUCGCGCCCCAAAAGUCAACUCCGACUUUCGACCCCAAGGAUGUGACCGUCAUCUUCGUUCUCGGAGGCCCUGGCGCCGGCAAGGGCACUCAGUGCUCCAAGCUUGUUUCGGACCACGGCUUCUGUCAUCUGUCAGCUGGUGAUCUCUUGCGCGCCGAACAGGAAAGACCAGGUUCGCAAUAUGGAGAUCUCAUCAAGGACUAUAUUCGAAACGGCCUCAUUGUUCCCAUGGAGGUGACUAUUGCUCUCCUCGAGAACGCCAUGGCCGCCGACCUCAAGGCAAAGGAUUCGCAAAAGGGGCGCUUCCUCAUUGACGGCUUCCCUCGCAAGAUGGACCAGGCAGUCAAGUUUGAAGAGACUGUCUGUCCCGCCAAGCUAGUCCUUUUCUUCGAUUGCCCGGAGGACGUCAUGGAGUCUCGUCUUCUCGAGCGUGGAAAGACCAGCGGUCGUGACGAUGACAACGCCGAGAGUAUCCGCAAGCGAUUCCGUACCUUCAUCGAGACCAGCAUGCCUGUCGUCAACCGCUUUGAGGAGGUUGGCAAGGUUCUCAAGCUUGAUGCUACCCCUCCUCCUGACGAGGUCUAUGCCAACACUGAAAAGGCCCUCGCUGAGAGGUUGGGCCCUGACUUUUAG